AUGCAAUGCCAUCUGCAGCCAAAGCAAUGGAUUUGGCUAUCUUUGAUAUUUACCCUUCUUUCCGCUGAAGUCGUAGGACUCCCAGGAGGUGGAAAUCCACAACCGCCACAUCUUUUUGGCGCUGCCCAUGUACCCGGCGUCGGUCCUGAUGUGUUCCCUCCUCCACCCCCCGCCGCUCCCAAAGACUCUAAGGGUACGGGAAGUCAGCAUGGAAAGAAUUCUUACGUGAACCCAGAUUUGGAUCAUCCAAUCGCUCCCGCUCCCUCCGCUGCUCCCCCAGCUAAUCCUCCCCCUGCUAAGCCCCCAGCUGCUCACCCAGCUAAUUCUCCCGCUGCCCCUCCCGCUGGCCCCCCGGCUAAUUCUCCCCCUGCUAAUCCUCCUGCUGCUCACCCAGCUAAUCCCCCCCCUGCUCCCCCUGCUAACCCCCCAGCUGCUCACCCAGCUAAUUCUCCCGCUGCCCCUCCCGCUGGCCCCCCGGCUAAUUCUCCCCCUGCUAAUCCUCCUGCUGCUCACCCAGCUAAUCCCCCCCCUGCUCCCCCUGCUAACCCCCCAGCUGCUCACCCAGCUAAUUCUCCCGCUGCCCCUCCCGCUGGCCCCCCGGCUAAUUUUCCCCCUGCUAAUCCUCCUGCUGCUCACCCAGCUAAUCCCCCCGCUGCUCCCCCAGCUAAUCCCCCAGCUGCUCACCCUUCUAAACCCCCAGCUGCUCACCCUGCUAAACCCCCCGCUGCUCCCCCUGCUAAACCCCCCGCUGCUCCCCCUGCUAACCCCCCAGCUGCUCACCCAGCUAAUUCUCCCCCUGCUAAGCCCCCAGUUGCUCACCCAGAUAAUUCUCCUGCUGUUCCUGGGACAAAAGGGGUUCCUUCAACUCCCACCAAUGCACCACCUUUAGUUGUUCCUGGUGUCCCCAAAACAGGUAAAACAUCUGCUGUCAAGAAUAACCCUUCUGUGAAUCCGGCCCAUCCAUUCCCGGAAACCAAACAGAGAUCUGGGAUUCAGACACCCCUUGUGCCCCCGGUUAUUUCUGGUGCCCCAAAGCCUACAGAUCAAGCAUCUGUCAUCAGCAAAAGCCCACCUGAGAAACCAGUUUCUCCCCCCCCUGGAACUAAACAGACAAUCUUUGUGCCCCCAGUUGUUCCUGCUGCCCCAAAGCCUACAGAUCAAGCAUCUGUCAUCAGCAAAAGCCCAUCUGAGAAACCAGUUUCUCUACCAUCAGGGAUGAAACAGACACCCCCUGUGCCCCCAGUUAUUCCUGGUGCCCCAAAGUCUACAGAUCAAGCAUCUGUUAUCAGCAAAAGCCCACCCGAGAAACCAGUUUCUCCACCCCCUGGAACUAAAGAGACACCCUCUGUGCCACCAGUUGUUCCUGCUGCCCCAAAGCCUACAGGUCAAGCAUCUGUCAUCAGCAAUAUCCCUUCUGCGAAACCAAUUUCUCCACCACCUGGAACCACACAAACCCCUUCAACACCCCCUGUUCCCCCAGGGACCGCACAAACCACUGCCAAAUUAUCUACAGCCAAGGUCAGCUCUUCUGUGAGGCCAAACCCUGUACAAUCAGGGACAAAGCAAAAGCCCGAUGUUCCCACAGACGCACCACGCCCAAGUUCUCCUAGCCCCAAUAUCACAAAAGAUCAGCCACCUGUUGUUCCAAGCACUCUUUCAACGAAACCAGGGUCUCAAGAGACAGUGUCGCGGAAACAAAGUGGGAGCAUUGGCCCUAAACUAGAAACAACAGACGUGCCACAACAAACUGUUAAUCAGGUCACCAACACCAUCGCACCUACUGUCAAUGGCACGCCUACUGUCGUGCCUGUGGUUGCGCCUAUACCAAUCCCCAAACCGAAGCCAUCAGUUCCUCCGCAGCCACCAGCUCCACCCAAACAGGAAGAUGAUCACAAGAAGGACGAUGGCAAGAAAGACGAUGAUAAAGAUGAUGAUGAGAAGGAUGAUGGGAACAAAAAGGGCGAUGAUGGGGAUGACAACAAGCCACCUCAUAUCAAUCCUCCUCCGGUAAUAGUGAGCCCACCAAAGGUCAAUCCCCCGCCAAAGAUCGGUCCACCAAAGAUCGGUCCGCCAAAGAUCGGUCCGCCAAAGAUCGAUCCGCCAAAGAUCGGUCCGCCAAAGAUCGAUCCGCCAAAGAUCGGUCCGCCAAAGAUCGAUCCGCCAAAGAUCGGUCCACCAAAGAUCGGUCCGCCAAAGAUCGAUCCGCCAAAGGUCAAUCCGCCGCCAAAGGUCAAUCCACCGCCAAAGGACAAUCCACCGCCAAAGGUCAAUCCACCGCCAAAGGACAAUCCACCGCCAAAGGACAAUCCACCGCCAAAGGUCAAUCCUCCGCCAAAGGUCGGUCCUCCUGUUGUUGAUCCUCCAGAGGAUAAGAAACCUACUCCCUCUCAGGAACCGUCGAAGACAGCAAAGUCCACUUUAACGAAGACGACGACCGCCACAUCACAGGCGUCCACCACAUCACAGGCGUCCACCACAUCACAGGCGUCCACCACAUCACAGGCGUCCACAAUGUCUUGCCCAUCUGCCGUUCCCUCAGGCGAUCCGAAAAAUGGGAACGGCAAAAACAAGGAUUGUCCUGCUCGUAGGAAAUUGUGUAGUCAGGAGUGUGCUGCAUGCCGGUCAGAGGAGGUUCCGCGCCCACCCGGUCUCACGAAGCGCGAUAUCGAACGACUUGAGAAAUCUUCCAUAUCUGAAAGUGAUUCUGGCUAUCCCGGACACCUUGCCAAACGACGGAUGGGAACACCUGCGGACUAUAAUAAUGACCUGAAAAACUUCUUUUUCAACGAACUGAAAGUUGCUGCACUGGUUCCAAAAGGGUUUUGGAUUGACCCCGGCGCUGCUAUGCCGAGAAAUCAACCUUCAGUCUUAGUGGCUGAGUUAGGAAAGCAGAAAUUCAACGCGGGCAUCAUUAAUCUUCGAGGAUGUACGUCUGUUUUGGUUAUUUCCUCGGCAGGCAUGUGGUGGGCGCAUUUCUGGGAAGCUCCCGGCUUCAGAUAUCAAUCACUGAUGGCAGGCUACCGGUUCAAUGAGGAGAUCUUCAAAAAGAAUGUGCUUGAUGUCUUGGAUGCAGGCUGCUCUUACCGUACGGUUAAUAAUGACAGAGUUGUCACCACCCGUACAACUGCGAGUGUUCGGUGCUUUGUAGGUGGAACACGAGAAAACCCGAAGAGGUUUGACCCAGUGUACGCCCCUGUGGCUUUUAUCUUCACUCCGGAAGACUACGAGAAAGCAGGCCAGCCCCUCUAUGCCCCGGAGGUUCAGCGAAUAAGGGAUAAACUUCACGAGAUAUUGGGCCCAGGCACCCCGAUUACUACAAUCACGCACAAGACUGUGGACCGUCUCGGAGAUUCACCGAGCUUCCAACUCCCUACGGGUGCUUACCUACCUUAUGGAAAAGCUCUUUUGCAAUAUGACCCCAGAGAGGAGGAAAGAGACUGUCGUUGGUGGGCCGGCGCCAAAGUCUACGCUGAGGAAAAUCCUACGCCUUACCACCGCUCCCUGUGGCCAGCUCGGCCCAACCAGUUGAUGACCCCUGCAGCCCAGAAGCGUGCCGCUCCAGACCUGGCCGGGCUCCCUGCGUCAUGCUCAUUGCCUGUAAAAUCGAAGACGAGCAAGUCUCCAACGAAAACGACCAGUAAACCCAAGUCGACAAAGGUUGCUAGCACCCUGAUCAAGAGUGUCAAGACAACCGGCAAACCGGAGUCGACCAAGCAGCCAAGCACGACAACGCAAAAGCCUAAAACAACUCACCCGAAAACAACGAAAGCGCCAACUUCUACCUCCAAGUCCGAGCCCAAACCUGCAACCACAACUUCCCGCGAACCACCACCAAAAGAGGAAGAGUCUAGGGAGCAGAAGGAGGAGAAGAAGAAGGAGGAGGAGGAGAAGAAGAAGGAGGAGGAGGAGAAGAAGAAGGAGGAGGAGAAGAAGAAGAAGGAGGAGGAGAAGAAGAAGGAGGAGGAGGAGAAGAAGAAGGAGGAGGAGGAGAAGAAGAAGGAGGAGGAGAAGAAGAAGGAGGAGGAGAAGAAGAAGGAGGAGGAGAAGAAGAAAGAAGACAAGAAGGAAGACAAGAAGGAAGAGCUCAACGCGGUCUGCAAUGCAUUCUUCUUCCGUGGGCGGGGAGAAACCCUCAUUACUGUCUCCAGCAUUAAAGGCUGGAAAGGUGGCGAUGAGUUCCGGAGCAAGCUUGAGGACAAGUGUGGAGAGAUAAAGCAUUGGGGGUUUAAAGAUGACACGGCGCGUUUCAACAUCAAGGACGUCGGUCGCGUGUCGUGCGUGUCGAAGGCGGUCGAGGCGGCGGGAGGACCGAGGACGACGUGUAGAGCACCCAUAGGCGCUUAG